GCGUCUCCCUCGCAGGCCCCGGGCCGCGCAUUCUCCGCGCUGGGAGCCGCCCCCUCCGCCGCCGCCGCCGCCGCCGCCCGGGCCCGAACUCCGACGCGUGGUAGCGGUCCUCCUGUCACGGGCCUGGUGUUGUGGCCCUGCUGACCCCUCCUAUGCCUCCCCAGCCCCAGGAUGGGUGAGUUCAACGAGAAGGCAACAUGUGGCACUGUUUGCCUCAAGUACCUGCUGUUUACCUACAACUGCUGCUUCUGGCUGGCCGGCCUGGCUGUCAUGGCAGUGGGAAUCUGGACGCUGGCCCUCAAGAGUGACUACAUCAGCCUGCUGGCCUCGGGCACCUACCUGGCCACAGCCUACAUCCUGGUGGUGGCGGGUGCUGUCGUCAUGGUGACCGGGGUCCUGGGCUGCUGCGCCACCUUCAAGGAGCGGCGGAACCUGCUGCGCCUGUACUUCAUCCUGCUUCUCAUCAUCUUUCUGCUGGAGAUCAUCGCUGGUGUCCUCGCCUACGCCUACUACCAGCAGCUGAACACAGAGCUCAAGGAGAACCUGAAGGACACCAUGACCAAGCGCUACCGCCAGCCGGGCCACGAGGGUGUGACCAACGCUGUGGACCAGCUGCAGCAGGAGUUCCACUGCUGUGGCAGCAACAACUCACAGGACUGGCGGGACAGCGAGUGGAUCCACUCAGGGGAGUCCGGUGGCCGCGUGGUCCCUGACAGCUGCUGCAAGACGGUGGUGGCUGGCUGUGGGCAGCGGGACCACGCCUCCAACAUCUACAAGGUGGAGGGCGGCUGCAUCACCAAGCUGGAGACCUUCAUCCAGGAGCACCUGAGGGUCAUUGGGGCUGUGGGCGUUGGCAUUGCCUGUGUGCAGGUCUUCGGGAUGGUCUUCACCUGCUGCCUGUACAGGAGCCUCAAGCUGGAGCACUACUGACCCUGCCCUGGCUCAGCCACGCUCAAGGUGCCUUGCUGCUGCUGC